CCAUGCGUCGACCUUCAAGCGUAAGCAGAUCGAGCCUCUCGACAGUAUAAUAAUAUGAAUGUUUAGAUAUCAAAAUUGAAGCGCGGUAGCUGCUGUAUCCGCAAACCAUGCACACUAGACCCAACCUUGUCUGCAAGCAUCUCUCGCACUUAACUCCUCCUAACUAUUUAACACUUUCACUCCGAACUCUCACGCCCAAUUCCAGCAAAAUUAUCAGCACCAAAUUUCUUGUUCAAAGAAACUCUGAGAUAACAAAAAACGGAAGAAAUGGAAAUCUCAGAGAAGCAGAAUCAAUCUUCAACCAGUUACCUACUAAAAACAUCAUAUCCUGGACAGCGAUGCUCACUGCGUAUGCUGAAAACAAUGAAAUUACAAAAGCACGGAUGCUGUUUGAUGAAAUGCCUCAACGAAAUACUGCAACUUGGAAUGCUAUGAUUACGGCUUAUACUCGUAGUAAUUCUCACAUUAACGAAGCGUAUGAAUUGUUUUGUAAAGUUCCUGAGAGAAAUGUUGUUACAUAUGCUGUCAUGAUAACGGGUUUUGUUCGUGUGGGAAUGUUAAACGAAGCUGAGAAGAUUUACUAUGAGAUGCCUGUAAUUGGAAGAGACCCAGUGGUUUCAAAUGCAAUGAUUAAUGGGUAUUUGAAACUUGGUGAAUUGGAGAAAGCGGUAUUUGUUUUCGAUUCCAUGGUCGAGAGAAAUGUGGUCUCGUGGAGUUCUAUGUUAGAUGGGUAUUGUAAGAAUGGAAAGAUUAAUGAAGCUGAAGUAUUGUUUCAGAAGAUGCCUGAGAAGAAUGUUGUUUCGUGGACUACAAUGAUCAGUGGGUAUAUGAAGAGUGAGCAAUGGACAAACGGGUUUGAGUUGUUUUCGAAAAUGAGAAGAGUCGAGAGAAUUGAGGUGAAUUCUACUACCAUGGCAGUGAUGUUGGAGACCUGUGCAAGUUUGGGUAGAUUCAAAGAAGGUAUUCAGAUUCAUGGAUUAGUUUUCUCAAUGGGGUUCGAAUUUGAUGUCUACUUGGGUAAUUCAGUCAUCAACAUGUACUGCAGAGUUUCUCGCAUGGAUGAUGCGAGGAAUGUAUUUGAUAUGAUGAACAAGAAAGAUGUUGUGUCUUGGAAUUCCUUGAUUACUGGUUUCGUUCAGAAUGGUGAAACCGAAAAGGCUUGCACAUAUUUUGAGAAAAUGCCGAGUAAAGAUGUUGUUUCUUGGACUAAUAUGAUUGCUGCCUUUUCUAACCAGGGGAGAGUGGAAGACUCUUUGAGAUUAUUCAAUAAGAUGCCCAAGAAAGAUGGUAUUGCUUGGACUGCCAUUAUUUCAGGAUUCGUGGGAAACGGAAGAUUUGAGGAGGCUUUUCAGAUGUUCAUUCAGAUGAGUCGAGAAGCAAUCAAGCCAAAUUCUCACACUAUAAGCAGUGUACUUUGUGCAUCUUCAGGGUUGGCAAGUUUAAACCAAGGAGAGCAGAUACACGCAAAUGUGGUUAAAAUGAAUAUGGAAUCUGAGCUAUCCAUCCAAAAUUCACUGAUUUCUAUGUACUCUAAGUGCGGAGAUGUCAACACCACUUACAAAAUCUUUUCAAGUAUUAGAACACCUGAUCUUCUAUCUUUAAACUCAAUGAUCACAUCAUUUGCUCACCAUGGUCUUGGGAAAGAAGCUUUAGAAUUAUUUGGGAAGAUGCAGGUGGAAGGCUAUGAACCAAAUGAAAUUACCUUUCUCGGUGUUCUUUCUGCUUGUGUUCAUGUAGGGUUGGUAAACGAAGGCUGGAAUUACUUUCGUUCAAUGAGUUCCAUGCAUCAUAUAGAACCAGGACCAGAUCAUUUUGCUUGCAUGGUUGACUUACUUGCACGGUCAGGACUCUUUACUGUAGCACUUGAUUUGAUCCAGUCUAUGCCUAUGAAGCCACAUUCUGGUGUAUGGGGAGCUUUACUCAGUGCAAGCAGAACCCACAUGAAUGUUGAUAUUGCGGAGCUUUCUGCCAGACACCUUAUCGAACUGGAACCUGAUAAUGCAACUCCAUAUGUGGUUUUAUCCAACAUUUAUUCCAUUGUAGGGCUUAAAGAGGAUGAGAAGGAAUUAAGAUUGAUUAAGAACCGUAAAGGAGUGAAGAAAAGUCCGGGUUAUAGUUGGACUACUUGAGCAAAUAAGGUCAAUUUUCUCACGGGGAACAAUAGAAUCCACAUUGAAGUUGAAUGUCGGCACUUGUUGCCUACUGGAGCCAAUAUUGCAGCUAAUUAAACCAGCCAUCGAAAAUGCUGCUUCACAUCGAUUUUCUCUGCUUCUUACAGCCGAGUCACCCUCCACUUUGUUUCAUAAUUUACAAGACACUACUGAACCGCUUUUCUACAGUCGAUAGUUCAGGUGGUCCAGGCAGUGGAACGCGAACAAGAUGCACAAAAAUUGCAGAACCACAAAAAGAUCUGUCAUUCAAGUGAUGAUGGGAAAUGGCAUCCUCUUCUCCAACAAUUUUCAUGGACCAAGUCUGUUUGGUUCUCAGGUUUGCAUCCAACUGCUUCAAGCAAUGUUUGGAAGAUAGUAUGGGGUGUGUGUCAGUGCUACAGAUGAAAAUGUGAGAAGCAGAGUUAUUCACACUGUGUCAAGGUAUGGUUUCUGAGGUAAUAAUGAGGAGACAAUGGAGCAUCUACUAUGGUUCUGUAAUUUCAGUGAAAUUAUCUGGAAAUGGCUUUGGUUUUUGCACUCUGGAAAUGGUAUGUUUCUAUGUCUCAACCCUACUUCUUAUGAUGAUAUUUUGCACUCUGCUAAGAUUAAGAGUAGUGUGGUUGAUAGCUGCUUCAACAACUAUGAUGGAGCUUUGGUUUCUUAGAAACAGAAUUAUUUUUAAGAAUGUUGUGCCUGAUGUUGCAACUUUCGAGAAGAGAGUCAUGAGUUUUACUAGAGAUUGUGAUGCUAGAAUGAAGGGUACUAUGUGGGAUACUAGUUAUGACUAUCAAGUAUUGAUAAAUUUUGAUUUAAAGAAAUGAAAGGUGAAGACUCUGCAUAUUCAGAAAGUUCCAUUUAGUCUACCAAAUAAAGAUCAAAUUCUGGUUUGUCGUGAUGGUGCUUCCAGGGGUGAUCCUGGUGUUGCUGGGUCUGGUUUUAUAGGUAGAAAUCACAGUGGUGGGUUCCUUUUUGACCUAUGUGCUUUUCAGAAUGGGCAGUGAUCGCUGGUAUUAGGAAUCUGCUUAUUUACUCUGUAUCAUGGUUUGCCCUCUCAUAGGUCCGCCUGUGGUAUUAUGAGAAUUGUGUUGCACCGAAGCCACCGUGAGGGCCCAUCAUUGCUACAUACCGAGACGAAGUGUGUGUGUUUUUUGUUUGUUGCUGCAUUCCUCUUUUUUUGGUUUUCCUCCUCUUGCAGGACUGAAAAAGCAUAAUACAUUUCCUACCAAAACUGAUUAACAGACAAACAACACAAAAGCAGGAUGGUGAAGAAGAAGAUGAAAAACAAGUGGGUUUUCAAUCUCAGAUUCUGGCAAGGGGAAGCAGUAAAACCAUGUCUUCUUGCAGUUACAAUUACUUGGGGUUUUUUCAGCAAAUUCGAGAAGUACAUGCCAUCAACAACCUUCUUCUUCAUCUGCACAAGAUGAAACCCAUUAUCAACAUGGUAUUCCUACUGAUGGUAAAGUUGUUAAACUCCAGAAUUCCGACAGUGGGGUUCAAAUCUAUCUUGUUGGAACUAUUCAUGGUUUUAAACAGAGUGCUGAAAUUGUCAAGAAGGUGAUCGAUAUUGUAACGCCUGAUGUUGUUGCGGGACAUCUGCAUUUGUGGCUUGACAUGUUUAUUCAAGUGGCUGCCUUCAGCAAAACUUGGUGUGGGACAUUUAACACACGCUUUUGGUGCACGUGCCAAAUGGG